CAUUCCUGUCAGCCCAGGCUGCUGGGGAAAGCUCCAUCCAACUCCGACUUCCAGUCCAUUGUGUCUCCGCCAGCGACUCUACCAACGUCACUGGAACAAUCCUCAUCCAACAUCACCACGCACCGGCCGCAUCAACCAUUCGGCUGCUCUUCAAGAUGAGGCUCCUCACCAGUAUAACCGUGGCAGCCCUGUCUGGGCUUGCUGCUGCUGCUGCAUCACAGCAGAGCGCCGAUGUCUUCAUCCUCGAUUCCAAGCAACAACAACAAACAUCCCGCGAAGUACCCCGGCUACCAAAAGAAGUCGUUCGCCAUAUCCUUCUCCAAAGGACAUCUAGAGACAACUACGGCAGCGACCUUCGCGACAUCCCUAGCUCUAUCGAUACCGAGGCCGCGAUCAGCUUCCUUGUGAAGUACGGCAAGAGUCCCGCACCUCUUUUCUCCCAGACCGAGACCAGCGACCCAUCACAACUAGUUGUUAUCCUGGAGGGCAUCACUGCCGAGAAUGCUGGGCCUUUGAAGGAAUCACUCGCCAAGUCAAGCCAGCGUGCCGCUUUCGCCAUCUCAGAUCCGCCAUCCAAGGUGGCCAAUGAUCGUCUGAUGUCGCUUUUCCAAAACCUGGGUAUUGCUGCGCCAAAGCAGUGCGACCUGGUCUCUGCCAUCAACCCUGUCAACGGAGACUGCUGGACGGGCUCCUCGUCAGUGGUCAAGUACGAUGUACAGAAGUCGCCCGAGGCCCUUGAUACUCUCGUCGAUAACCUGAGCCGUCUCAACAAGUUCAUCUCCUCCGGCGACCUCGAGGCCCUCCUCGUCCUCAUGCCCGAGUCGAGCCGGUCCUCCAAGCUCAACCAGUGGAGCGUCAAAGCCGCCACCGGCGCCUCCGAUCUCCGCCGCCGCUUCAACUCCGAGACCGUCAUCGCCGACGACUCCGUCCGCGGCGCUGCGAACGCCGCGACCCAGCCUCCCGUCUCCCGCCCGACUAAGAGUCCUCUGCAGACCGCCGCUAAGAAGGCGAUUCCGCAGUGUUUCACCUCCGAGAAGAGCUGCGUGGACCAGACGGGCAACUGCUCCGGCCACGGCCAGUGCGUGAACAAGUGGGGAGGCAAGAACGGUAGUACCGAGGCCGGCGGCGCUAGCUGCUUCGUCUGCAAGUGCCUGGCCACUAUGGACAACCGCCCCGGGGCUCAGGCUAAGGGCGACAAGAGUCUGCACUGGGGUGGUAACAUGUGCCAGAAGGAAGACGUCAGCAUGCAGUUCUGGCUUAUUGCCGGGUCUACCAUUGCCCUUAUCGGUGCCAUCACCUUUGCGAUUGGACUGUUGUUCGAAGUGGGAGAGGAGAAGAUGCCCGGUGUUUUGGGCGCUGGUGUGGUUAGGGGGUCUUCGGCCAAGUAAGAGGUCGAUUGUGAUCGAAGAAAGAGCCAAAAACUCUCGAUCAAGAAGACGAGUAUGAGAGGAUGACAACGUCAAGAAAAGAAACAGAGAGCUAUCGUAUGCUUAUUGGUUAGAUGCGGAGGGCAUGGGGUGUGUGCGUGUGGUGUAAUCAGACAUCCUUAGACUGUUGGCUGGUUGUACCAUUAUUGAUUUUACAUUGUUCAACGGCGUCGGCAUCAUUGGCAGGCAGGCAGGUGGGCAGGGAUGGAUCGAGAUAUGGUUAACGCAAAGUACGAGAUAGGAGAUGGCAUGGUUUCCUUUCGUUUUCCAUGAAGACCUAGUAUAAAACAGACAUUGACAACGGAAUGAAGCUCAGGGGUUAAGCUUGCACAGAAUA